UGUAUAAUGUCUUGGAGGACUGUCAACUAUGCUCUGAACAAGGUAAUUCUUCUAAUCAACUCUCUCCCACCAUCGUGUGGUCGGCUACACCAUAAAUGUCUCACGUUAACAAAUACAGGGAGAAUGAUAAUGUCGGAACCAAAUAUUCAAAGCAUACCAAAGCAGUUUUCAAUUACAAAGGGCAGUAAAAGUGAAGCAGAUUCCGAACAAAGUUUCUGUUUAAGGAAUAUUUUUGUUGCUGGAAAUGGUAAAUUGCUCAUAUCAGCUGAUUACUCUCAAAUUGAGCUUCGGAUCCUGGCGCAUCUGUCUGGAGAUGAAACUCUUAUUGCAGCUUUUAAUUCAUCGGGUGUUGAUAUUUUCAAAAGUAUUGCCGCCAUGUUUUAUUCCGAGAUAAGUUCAAUUGAUGACGUAACUGAUAAGCAAAGAGAUACCACCAAGCAAACUUGCUAUGGUAUUUUAUAUGGUAUGGGAGCCCAAACACUAGCACAGCAAAUGAACACAAGCGAAACAGAUGCACAAAACGCAAUGGAUUCAUUCAUGAAUUCUUAUCCCAUGGUUAAAGUUUAUUUUAAUCGACUGGUUGCGCAAUGCAAGGAAAAGGGGUACAUUGAAACAAUAUCAGGUAGAAGACGUUAUCUACCUGAAAUCAAAAGUGUUCGGUUGAAGAUGCGUUCACAUGCGGAGAGACAAGCUGUUAAUAGCACGAUACAGGGUUCUGCUGCCGAUAUAGUGAAAAUGGCAACUUAUAAAAUACACUGUGCUGUGGCUAGUUUAGGGUGGAACACAUUACACCAAAAUACCAGGUCUAACACUACAGAUUUUUUCUUGGUCCACCACAUACAUGAUGAACUUAUUUAUGAGGUUGAUGAAAAGAAAUUACAUGAAGCUGUUUCUGUAAUAGAGCGUUGUAUGGUGGAUGCGUUUCCUAUGUCAGUCAAACUAGCAGUUAGGAUAAAAGUGGGGAAACUAUGGGGUGACCUAAACAAAUAUGAAAACUUUAUUCCAGUUUUAUAGUUUAUAUGCAAUGUAUGUGCUAAUAUUUAAGCAGAUGAAGUUUUUUUGUUUUUUUUACAAAAACAGUUUACGAAUAUGAAUUAUUUUGGUCGGCUUAUUGUAAUUCUAUUCUGUAAGUCCUUCGUUACGGCACGCCAUGGGAACAGAGAUUUAGUCGUAGGUAUUCAUUGCCGUUUUAUUGCAAUAUUCCAUCUUUUUUUUCUGUUUGUGUAUAACUUACAAUGUGACUUUGGUUUCUUCUCCAAUAUAUCAUAUUAAUUGCUACUUUUAAUAUGUAUGUUACACCAUCACUGUUUAAUAUAAUUUGUUUACAAAAAAUUAAUGAAUUAACAAAAUUUAUGUGAGUUAUUGCAAUGUAAAAAUGUUAUAGCACGACAUUGUAGUAAGUUUUAUAACUAUAAAUGAAGUUUUAUAAAUUGUAAAAUGACUGUUUAAAAAUUUGUAAAGCAUUUUAUACAGAUUUAUGUUUCGCACUGCCAAUUGUUCGAAAAAUACCAACCCUUAUUGACUUUUCAUUGUUUAAUGAAUUUUAGUUUUUCCACUGUGCCACUAAACUUACGUAAAGUAGAUUUUGUGUAAUUGUUUUUUUGCCAAAUAUAUUGAGUUAAUGUUACAAAAUAACAUUAAAAUAAAUAUUUUAAAUAAAUC